AGUGGUCCAUGGGUACUUUAUCUGUUGUCUUCAUUCACAUUUAUUUUCAGGGAAAUUGACAUGGCAAAGCAGAAAGUAACAAUGCCACUACCAACACGUCCAGAACCUCCAUCUUUGCAAGAAAUGACGGAGGAUAUUGAGAAGGCCGAAGAUGGUGAUAUCGUUUUCAAUUUUUAUGGUGUUUAUCAGAACACAGCAGACACUCCAUUAUUUUCUCAAACUGGAAUCAUGAGCGACUCUUAUGAAGAACAAUCACCAAGAAAAUCUCCUAUUGCCAUGGCAACAAAUGAUGAAGCAGACAGUGAUCAAACAGCCGCCAUCGAUACUUGCUAUGAGAAGGCCAAGAGAUACAUAGAAAUGAAUGAGUAUUUGGCGAAAUCAAAUGAAAAACUUUCAAGACAGUAUGAGGAGUUGCAAAAUACUGGACAACAUUUAACUCAGUCCAUAGAACAACUGAGGACGCAAACAGCUCAGAUUAAGCAUUGAGAAUAAUGUUGAUACAUUGUAUAGCAAACCAUGUCUCUGAUUACAAGAUGCUGGAUUAACAUGCAUCAAUUUUUCAUGCUUGUAUGAAAUUUUGAGUGUCUGAAAUGUUAAAAUACAGUAUCUAGAUCUGAUAAUUUUAACUUAAAUAAAAUGCUGUGAGGUGUGUGAAGAUCCAGUUUAA